AUGAGCUUUGAUGAAGAUGGCUAUCCAAUAAAUAGACGUCAUAAUAUCGGUGUCACAGUGAAGAUCAACGAUGUCGAUAUCGACAACAGAUUUGUUGUGCCCUAUAAUCCACUGUUGUUAAUGAAAUAUCAAGCUCACAUAAAUCUCGAGUUCUGUAAUAAGUCAAACGUCAUUAAGUAUCUUUUUAAGUAUGUUAACAAGGGUCCGAAUCAGGUGACUGCAACUAUUGAAGAAACAUAUGAUGUUGGUGAAUCUUCUCAGGUGGUUGAUGAGAUCAAACAGUAUUAUGAUUGUCGUUAUUUGUCACCGUCUGAAUCCAUGUGGAGAAUUUUUGCUUUCGAUAUUCAUCAAAGAUGGCCGUCGGUACAGAGGUUGACUUUUCACUUGCCGAACCAGCAACAUGUUGUAUUCGAUGAUGCUGAUAGCACUACUCAUGUUUAUUUGCGCAACAAAGAUUUGUUGACGAUGUUUACGGGUUGGAUGAUGGCCAACAGGCGGUUUUUGGAGGGGCGGUCUCUAACAUAUGUUGAAUAUCCAGGCAAAUUUGUCUAUUGUUUGAGGAGCAGGGAGUGGAAGCCAAGACAGAGGGGAUUCUCAAUUGGAAGAUUGAGUUUUGCUCAUCCCUCAUCCGGUGAACUUUUCUACAUGCGGAUGCUUUUGAAUGUGCAGAGAGGUUGUACCAGUUUUCGAAGUAUAAGAACCGUGAAUGGUGUUACUUAUGAUACAUUUCAAGAGGCAUGUUCUGCCAUGGGAUUCUUGAUAGAUGAUAAGGAGUAUGUUUCUGCUAUUAAGGAAGUUGCCGAGUUAGCGUCAGCUGCACAGCUUAGGAGGCUUUUUGUGAUGUUGCUGCUAUCUGGUUCCAUGGGAAGACCUCUGUCAGUUUGGGAGCAAACUUGGUGUUAUUUGUCUGAUGAUAUUCUUUACCGCAGAAGACAUGAGCUGCAAUAUCCUGAUCUAACUAUGAGUCAGGACGAGUUGCAAACGUUUUGUUUGUUGGAGAUUGAAAAACUAUUGCAGAGUAAUGGAAAAUCAUUGAGAAAUUAUGCUAGCAUGCCGGUUCCUAAUAACUCUUUAGUCUCUCAAUUUAGCAAUUUGAUGCUGUUGCGUGAGUUACAGUAUGAUACUGUUUCUUUGUCUCGUGAGCACGAUGCAAAUAUCUUAAAAGUUUUGUCAGCUAGAUUGCGAUAUGAGAAAAAGAUUGUUAUAAAUGUUGCUUCUAGUGGUAUUGCUUCUCUGUUGUUACCUGGUGGUAAGACGGCGCAUUCUAUGUUCAAUAUUCCUGUUGAGCGGACUGAAGACACUGUUUGCCAGAUUAAGAAGGAUAGUCCAAAAGCUGAGGUAUUUCGAUUGGCCGAUUUGAUUAUUUGGGAUGAGGCACCGAUGACUAACAAAUUAGCAUUUGAAGCUCUCGAUAGGACGUUGCGUGAUAUAAUGGUUUUGGUCUCUGAUAGGAAUAAAGAUUUACCUUUUGGUGAGAAGGUGGUCAUUCUGGGUGGUGAUUUCAGGCAGGUCUUGCCAGUUAUUUCAAAAGGUUCGCGUGCUGAGAUUGUGAUGGCUUCCAUAAAUUCUUCUGCCAUUUGA